CGGGGCGCCCCUGCCAUGAUCAUGAAGGAGACGAGCGACUCCAAAGACCAGCAGCUCACGGUGGCGCUUCGCAUACGACCAAUCAGCAUGGUGGAGCUGGAAGAAGGAGCCACACUCAUCGCCCACAAAGUGGAUGACCAGAUGGUCGUCCUGAUGGACCCAAUGGAGGAUCCUGAUGACGUGCUCCGCGCCAACCGCUCAAGAGAGAAAUCCUAUAUGUUUGAUGUAGCCUUCGAUUUUGCUGCUACCCAGGAGAUAGUCUACCGUGCCACUACCCAAGGCCUCAUUGAAGGUGUCAUCUCUGGCUACAAUGCUACGAUUUUUGCCUACGGCCCCACUGGCUGUGGAAAGACCUAUACUAUGCUUGGCACUGACAACGAACCUGGCAUUUAUGUGCGGACACUUAAUGACCUCUUCCGCGCUAUUGAGGAGACCAGCAAUGACAUGGAGUAUGAUGUGUCCAUGUCCUACUUGGAGAUUUAUAAUGAGAUGAUCCGGGACCUGCUCAACCCCUCCCUGGGCUACCUGGACCUACGUGAAGAUUCCAAAGGGGUCAUCCAAGUGGCUGGCAUCACUGAAGUGUCCACCAUCAACGCUAAGGAGAUAAUGCAGCUGCUGAUGAAGGGCAAUAAGCAGCGGACGCAGGAGCCCACCGCCGCCAACCGGACGUCCUCACGCUCCCAUGCUGUGCUGCAGGUCACCGUGCGCCAGAAGAGCCGUGUCAAGAAUAUCAUGCAGGAAGUGCGCUUGGGUCGCCUCUUCAUGAUUGAUUUAGCUGGCUCGGAGCGGGCCUCUCAGACACAGAACCGUGGGAAGCGCAUGAAGGAAGGAGCUCACAUCAACCGCUCCCUGCUGGCUCUUGGCAACUGCAUUAAUGCUCUCAGUGACAGGGCAGGUGUCAAAUAUGUCAAUUACCGGGACAGCAAGCUGACUCGCCUUCUAAAGGACUCAUUAGGGGGGAACAGCCGGACAGUGAUGAUUGCUCACAUCAGCCCUGCCAGCAGUGCCUUCGAGGAGUCGCGCAGCACCCUGACCUACGCUGAGCGUGCCAAGAGCAUCCGCACAACGGUAAAGCGUAACCUUCUUAACGUCUCCUAUCACAUCGCCCAGUACACAAGUAUCAUUGCUGACCUACGUAGUGAGAUUCACCGGCUGCAGCGCAAGAUUGAGCAACGAGAGCCACGCCCACUGCGACCUGACAUCCGUAGUAUUCAAGCUGAAGUACAGCUCCACAGAAACCCAUUUGAGAGGCAGGAGAUGGACCAGCUCCGGCAACAACUGAUCAGCACCUUCCGGGAGCAGAUGGACGUGCGACGCCACCUCAUGGAGCUGGAGAACAAUUACAUGGAGAUCCAGAUUGAAAGCUCCCGCCACCUACUUGCCAUUGCGGACUGGGAGCAGGAGAAGGCGCGUCGGGACCAGAAGUGGCGAGAAGAGCAAAGGAAAGAGAGCUACAGCAAAGACGAAAGCGAGAAGGACUCCGACACGGGUGACGACCUAUCAGAUGUGCCGGAGCCACAGGAAGUGACAUCAGCUCGGGAACACAUCGCCACCCUCCUUGGGGAGCAGGAUAAACUUCAUAAGCAGAAGGCAGAGCUGGAGAAGCGGUUUUGGGAAGUUCGGCAGCGCGGGCACCGGCUGGAGGAAGCUUUGCCGUGGCGCAUCAGUUCAGAAGAGCAACGGGAGGUUUUGAGCCUGCUGUGUAAGGUCCAUGAGCUGGAGGUGGAGAACACGGCCAUACAAUCGGGUGCCCUGCUCAAGGACAACCUCAUCCGCCACCAAGAGAGAACGGUGCGCCGCUUUGAGCGCCACCGCAGCCUUUGCCACCGCAUCAUCCACGAGCAACGGCAGAUCAUUCAUGAGUCUCAGCUGUCGGUGCCAUCCCACCUGGAAGAACUGUAUCAGGCCUACCUGCAUGAGCUGGAAGAGGGUGGCUUAGAUCGGAUUGCCGCCAUUGACCGUGCAACUGCUCGGGCUCUCAAGGACACGUCUGUGCCAAAGCUCCCCCCACUCCCGGUGGAAAGCGUCCUGGACUCUGAUCAAGAGAGCGUGAAGACGCUGGGCUCCGAGUCCCAGCAGCUGCCAUGGCGGGACUCUCGGAGGGGUACUCUCCCACCCCUGGUUCCAGAGACAGACAGCAGUGAAGCCAGCCAGGUGUUCAAGACUAGUCCUCGGGCCCGGCAGAUGAAGAAUUCAGCAGUCGCGACGCCACCUCCUAUCCGCCUCAAUGGCAUGAUCAGUCAAGAGUAUGCACCCCGAGACAGCCUGGUUAGCUUGGGUAGCCAACGGAAUUCUUCCCCUGACAGCAGCGACCACUGUUCUGAUGGCAUCCUGACACGUGGAGAGCGCAAGGAGAUCGUGAGCGGUACCAAAAGCAUUGCUGUGAAGGCGGCCCGGCGCCGCUCCCGAGUGCUGGAGUCUGACCGGCUGAACCUGCUGGAGCCCACCAAAGAGCACAGCAGCCUGUCCCUGCACUCCCUGAGCGAGAGCGAGGACCCCCUGUGCCGGGAGACGCCUGCCCUCUGCCAGCCAGCCAGCCCUGGCCUGCAACACGCUGUCAGUGAGGACAACCUGUCCAGCAGCACCAGCGAGACCGUCCCAGGGAGGAAUGCCCCCCGGCGCUCCCCUGGGCCCUGGCUUCGGGUCGGCAAAAAGGGAAGCAAGAAGCUUGAGAAGAGGGAAGAGUCGCAAGAGGCCAAGAAAAGGAAGCGAAGGUCACGGUCCUUCGAAGUCACUGGCCACAGGCUCCCAUGUCCAAAGAAUAACGCUGCCCGCCGGCAUCCACUAGAAAGCAGUUCCGAGCACAAGAUUGUGGCAGCAGGAGGGACGCACAACACCCGGGGUAUUGGGAAAGCUGCAGUACAGAUGUCCAGAGUGAGGCUUCUACAAGCUCAACCGUCAUCAGGCCCCAGUGAGGCCUCCUCUCUUUCUGUCACCUCCAACCAAGCUGGUAUCUCUAAGAAAACCUCCCAACCCAGCCAGCGCCCACCUCGCCUGAACUAUAUCACAGUGAACGGUAACAACCCGCACAGCAAGGAUGGCAGGAACCGGCGGUGCCUAAGAACUGAGGGGAAGCAAGCGGGUUGAGAAGCUGGUCCGAGGAGCUGCCUUUGGUGCCCAGUCAGGAGGCACAGUGGCCAAAGGCAUUGUGGGAAAAUAGCUUCCUGCAGAAAUAGCUGUGGUGACCCAAAGGAAGGCCCCGAAAGGUUGUCCAGCUGGUUGCAAGUGUUCCUGUCAACGGUUCAUCUGAAAUAAGUAGCGCCCUGGAUGGGCAUAAAUACGUCUAUCCCCAGAGACAUCCGAUGCCGUAACCAGGACAGAGCUAGGGAGCCCCUUACUCCACAAGCGCACAUCUCUACUUUAGUUUAAAUGGAAGCACUUGCUGCUGUGUUGUGCCUUUGUGCUUGAGGAGAACAGAGUUCCACAGCAUCUCUGAGGUGGGACACACCACAUACGUUGUGCGCGUGCUAUAUUUUUGCAUCCCUCUAAGUAGUCAAACACAUUUCAGCCAGUUUGAAUCUUUUAAACCAGCCACCUUCCAGAACAUCCCUCGGAAGGGUAGGGCUCUGGGAAUAGGAAGGGGCAACACCUGAAGCCACACAAUUUCUGGUCACGACCACGGGAUUAGGGGAAGUAAUGGUGGCCCCCUACUGUGGUUGGCUGUCUCCCAGUAAGGGGCAAUCGGGCUGCUUGACAACUGGAGGUCAUCCCUUGUCCCAUGAAGGGAUUAUAAAGGUUUUUCAGAAGAUACGGACUUUCUGGUGAGCCUGCCAUUGGGUUGGAUGCCUCGAAGUUCCCUUCAGAAGCACGUCGUCAUGAAAGCUGGCAUUUUUUCCCCCUGAAAAAUGUGCGUGAUGGAGUUACGAAUGUUGCCUUUUGUAUUUCUAAUGAGCAAUGCCAGGCUAGGGGGGUGGGGGGGAGAGAAAAGAGAAUCGUACAUUUUCCAAUACCAACUCCAAAGCAUUUCCAGAAUUUGCCUUCAGGA